CGGCGCGUGCUGACGUCGAAAAUGCAUCAAACUGUCUGCCGCUUUUGCAGAAGCGGAUUCCUUCUUUAUGAGUCGUUUUUUAGAUCUAGAAGGAUGUCCUUUGGGAAUAAGGGAUAAAUUGACCAGCGAUCUGUGUAUUACACGAACGUUAAAAUGGUUGUUUAGUUCCUUUAAAUGUGUCUUUUUUCCAUUCAGAUAUUUGCAAGAAUGUGCUUGGCGACAGUGCCGCUGAGCAGUGGGCGGUUUCUGUCUAGCGUUCGUGUCUGAGUGCUGGCGAAACCCGCCGCAGUGACUUAGGUUGCACGUUUUUUUCUGUAAAACAACAACACGACUAAUGAACUUAAAUGAAGAGGUCAAUGUGUUUUACAAUUGCGCGUAAAUCUGGUAAACCUGUUCCUUGUGUUUGUGUGUAGUCAAAACUCGAGGGACUGUAGCUGCGAUUCGAUCCUCCCUCUUUUGUACUCUUCUCAUUAUUCCUUUCGGUGAGUCUCAAACGUCCUGCCUCAAUGCUAUAAAUACGGAGGAUGUCCAACCCUGAGAAAUUACUCUCAUCACGCCCCCUAACCCCCUUAACUACUGGGAAAACGCACAGAUCCGCAGACAGCAUUCACGUUUACAGCAGUUUGUCUCCGGAAAGCGGCUGGGCAUGUAGUUCCGCCUUUUUCGCAGCGACACCGAGGAACAGCAGUCGGGGAAGAGGCAACAGCAUCGCCGCGCACUCCGCAAUUCCCCGUCUCCCUUCUUCUCUGUACUCCUCGCUAUCCCCUCCGACAUCCUCCUCUUCAACGCGCAAACUUACUGGGCUGCCACGACGGGGAGGUGGUGGAUCGGUGUUUAGCAAUAGCGAGGCAAGUAGGGGCGGACAGCUUUGGACAUCGUACUCAGCACGCUCCUUUCACGGCUCUCCUCCCGACUUUCACGGACUGAACAGACCUCAUCCGCACGCGUUCUGGUUGAAUCAUUUCCUUAACAGCGGGACUGCUUAUAGUCGGAGUUACCACAGAGGCGCGCUUUUCUCUGUUGCUUCUCCCUCUCCGCGCUUGGAGCCAGACAUGGAAGAUGGUCCGCCUUCAACAAGCUGUUUCAGAAGGCUUACGGACUGUUUCCUUGGCACAAGUCUCACGGACGAGAAGGUCAAGGCAUACCUCUCUCUGCACCCUCAGAUGCUGGAGGAGUUUGUGUCGGAGAGCGUGAGCGCAGAGACGAUCAGCAAAUGGCUGCAGAGGAAGAACAGCAGCAGGAUCAGUGAUGAUUCCUCCUCAAAAGAAGUCAGCAGGCAGUACCAGGACAGCAAUAUGCAGGGCGUGGUGUACGAGCUCAACAGCUACAUGGAGCAGCGUCUGGACACUGGAGGGGACAACAAGCUCCUGCUCUACGAGUUGUGCAACAUCAUCAAAACUGCCACGAAAGCCGAUGGAUUUGCACUUUAUUUUCUUGGAGAAUGCAACAAUAGUUUAUGUUUGUUCACCCCGACUGGAGCAAAGGAGGGGCUUCCAGGCCUCAUCCCCUCUGGCCCCAUCGCGUUUGGCACCACCAUCGCCGCCCACGUCGCCAAGACGCGCAAAACACUGCUGGUGGAGGACAUCCUGGGGGACGAGCGCUUCCCCCACGGCACAGGGCAGGACUCAGGGAGCCGCGUUCAUUCUGUUCUGUGUCUACCCAUCCUCACCGCCAUCGGAGAUCUCAUCGCCAUCCUGGAGCUCCACCGCCAGUGGGGCCGGGAGCCCUUCAACCUCAGCCACCAGGAGGUUGCCACGGCAAAUUUAGCAUGGGCCUCUGUGGCCAUUCAUCAAGUGCAGGUAUGCAGGGGCCUGGCCAAACAGACUGAACUCAAUGACUUCCUGUUGGAUGUUUCAAAAACCUACUUCGAUAACAUCGUGGCAAUAGAUUCACUACUUGAACAUAUUAUGAUAUAUGCAAAAAACCUGGUGAACGCAGACAGAUGUGCGCUCUUCCAGGUGGAUCACAAUAACAAAGAGCUGUACUCGGACCUGUUCGACAUCGGGGAGGAAAAUGAAGGAAAACCCGUCUUUAGGAAGACCAAAGAAAUCAGGUUUUCUAUAGAUAAAGGAAUAGCGGGACAGGUGGCCAGAACGGGAGAGGUUCUGAAUAUUCCAGAUGCCUAUGCAGACCCUCGCUUCAACAGAGAUGUGGACCUGUACACUGGCUACACCACCCGGAACAUUCUAUGCAUGCCUAUCGUGAGCCGGGGGACCGUAAUAGGUGUCGUACAGAUGGUGAACAAACUCAGCGGAAGUGCCUUCACUAAAACGGACGAAAACAACUUCAAAAUGUUUGCUGUCUUCUGUGCACUGGCCUUGCACUGUGCAAACAUGUACCACCGGAUCAGACAUUCGGAGUGCAUCUACAGAGUGACCAUGGAGAAGCUUUCCUACCACAGCAUCUGCACCUCAGAGGAGUGGAAGACCCUCACCCAGCUGUCCCUGCCUGCGCCCAUGUACAAGGAGAUAGAGAUGUUCCAUUUUGACAUAAGUCCAUUCGAGGAGCUCUGGCCAGCUGUCUUUGUGUACAUGGUCCACAGCGCCUGUGGGAAAAACAGUUUUGAGCUGGAGAAGCUGUGCCGCUUCACCAUGUCGGUGCGGAAGAACUACCGGCGAGUUCCGUACCACAAUUGGAAGCACGCGGUGACGGUGGUGCACUGCAUGUAUGCCAUCCUGCAGAAGACCCCUGGGAUGUUCACCGAUCUGGAGAAGAAGGGCCUGCUGGUGGCUUGUCUGUGCCAUGACCUGGACCAUAGGGGCUACAGCAACAGCUACUUGCAGAAGUUCGACCACCCACUGGCUGCCCUGUACUCAACGUCCACCAUGGAGCAACACCACUUCUCCCAGACUGUGUCCAUCCUGCAGCUGGAAGGGCACAAUAUUUUCUCCAACCUGACCUCCGGUGAGUAUGAGCAGGUGCUGGAGAUCAUCCGCAAGGCCAUCAUCGCCACCGACCUGGCCCUGUACUUCGGCAACCGCAAGCAGCUGGUGGAGCUGCAGACCACGGGGGCGCUGGACUUCAACAAUCACGCACACAGGGACCGUGUGAUUGGUCUGAUGAUGACUGCUUGUGACCUCUGUUCCGUCACCAAGCUGUGGUCGGUUACAAAAGUCACGGCCAACGACAUCUAUGCUGAGUUCUGGGCCGAGGGAGACGAGAUGAAGAAAAUAGGCAUACAGCCGAUUCCUAUGAUGGACCGGGACAAGAAAGACGAGGUUCCCCAGGGCCAGGUGGGGUUCUACAACGCCGUGGCGAUACCCUGCUACACCACUCUGUCUGAGCUCUUUCCCCCCUCUGCCCCCCUCCUGAAAGCCUGCAGGGAAAACCUGAACCAAUGGGAGGGGAUCGUGAAAGGAGAGACGACGUGGGCUCCGCCCCCCACCCCCGAGCCAGCCGAGCCCGAAGACACGGGCCCUGUGAGGGUGGAUAACUGACUGGCGCUGGGGCCGCAGCUGCCGCACCCGGCCAGCCCGCGACCCAAGCCCAGAUCGAGACUGUGGAUUUCCUGUUUGAAUGUCCCACUUCCUGUGGUGACAGGAAGUGGCGGGUGGCACGAGCAGGGAAGGUGAUUUUUUUUCACACAGAGGACAUUUUUAAAAACCAUACAGUUACCUCAAUGGAGCGAGCGAUGGAGGGUUGUGGACAUGGACAGUUUCACCGUGACUCAUGACUGUGCGAGGAGGCUUGCGGGCCGGAGAGCCAAUCACCUGAGAGGCCCAGACUGCCUGGGCUCGCCCCCGGCAGGGUGCAGUUGUUUUAGCGUGUUUUAUUUUUCUGCUGUCAUUGUCGUCGUCGUUUGAUGUCGUUAUGAUUGUUUUUACUUUUUUUUCUUGGGCUUUGAUUUGAUCGUUUUUUUGCUGAGGCCUUAAAUCUGAGCCCUUUGCACAGCAGAACAUUUGAAAUCUGACUGUAAAAAAAACUCAAAGGGUUUGGCUUGUUAUGAAAUGGUACCUUUUCUGUUUUGUUUUUUUGUUUUUUUUUCCUACUGUGGUCGACUUGUAACGUGCGAAGCUAUAGGGGAGAGGCACAGAAUGUUUAGCUUUAGCCAAGAUGCACAUUAAGGCCAUCUCACCGCUGUGGUUUCUGUGUUGCUGAGAGGAAAAGAAGAAUCUUUAACAGUAAUAUACUUGAAUGAAAUACAGCCUAUUUUAGCUACAGAUGGCAAAAAAAACAAAACAAAAUAAUAACAUAGAAAUCCCCCAGCAACCCCUGUGCCAGACACAGGGAGGGAUGUGGGGCAGUGUCUGAUACCUAGGUUCCCCCCGGAGUCCCGCGAGAGAGUCAUGGUGAUCCCACCCAAAAUUGCAACCUCACCCCCCCACCCCCCCACCCCCCCGCUUCCGCCAGGCCUGCCGCCGCUGGCCGGCUUUCGCUCGCCUGGUUACAGGUAUACACAGCACUUGGAGACUUAUGACCCGCGGCAGUGCCGGCACAGGUGAAGGGUGAAGGAGGGCGUGCCCAGUUCCUGUAGCACUGAGAGAGUGAGGGCGGCCAGCCCCGGGCCUGGAGAGCUGUAGGGUCCGCAGGUAAGCAGUCAGUUACGCAGUCAUCUUACCUCAUCUGGUUUCUUGUGUCUGAACUGGUUGCUGAAAGAUGUACCCCAUGACCCUCCAGGACCAGUGUGGGUCCCCCUGCACCAUAGAGGUGAAUAAAUAAUGGGGGCAGAUGGUCUGUAGACUGUUAUUCUGUAGGUGAUUGAACAGCAAGAACGUGGGUUUCAUUUCAGCUCACCUCUGAUCAUAACUCAUAAGUCACUUCUUUAUGAAAAUGGUAGUGAUCACAAUGUAUUUUACGUAAGCAAUUAAUAUCCAUGAAUCCGUUUUUGCUUUAAAUAUGUAAACAUCAAAGCCUGGGGGUUUUUAUUACUCUAUCUGGCUUGUUCCGCGAUUCCAAAAAAAAAAUACCCCCCCCCCAGCCCCCCUCCCCCCCUUUAUGUAGUAUUAAUGUUGCCCAGUGAAAUGAAGCUGAUGCUCUAUUAGAUUUGAGGUUUGGGCAGGUUCGGGCCAAACCCUGCCACAUUUAUUGCCAAGGGCAGAGGAGGAUAGUUUUUGAUUUUCAUUCCAAAUAAUUAAAAUGGCACCAUUUUUGUUUGGUGGCUAGUGGAUGACCAAUGCUAGGCUAGGCUAGGCUAGGCUAGGCUAUACAGUGUCCAUCACUCUCUUACUUGUUCACGCCUUCCAAAUAGGAGUCCCUCGAACCCCCCAGAUAGACACACACACACUCUCUCACACACACACACACUCUCUCUCUCACACACACACACACACACACACACACACACACGUACAGAUUACUGUGGAGGAUGUCUACUGUGCAGGUAAAGUCUGCUGUAAUGUUGUAGCAACAUUCCAGGCCCCCCCAGAACAGGACCACACCGGCCUUGUGCACUGGGGCCAUGAAAUGCAGUGAGUUUAUUUGUGACUGGAGGCACAGAUACUGUAUUCAGUUUGGCCUGUUCGCUGUUAAAACAAAAAAAAAAACACAUUACUUGACCUGGAUUUCUGUGAUCGAAUUCAGGAGUCAGGCUCGUCACUCGUAUCUCGGGUUGGAUACAUGUCCGCGUACAUGCUCCAUCCAUUAUAGGCCGUCCGCAUGCCCCUCCCACGUCCGUCAUAUGAGCCAGGAUCUAGAAAAUGGUUUCAUGGGAGCUUAGCCAUCAUAAAAAGGAACUUAUACAAUUCUAACAUUGUCUUUGGUAGAUGUUAGAUCGAUUGAAAUAAUAAAAAAAAUAAGGGCUUUUUAAUAGUCAGCCUUUACCAAUGUGUGUUGUUAUUGUGAGGUUAACUUAGAAUCCAAAAAAGAAAAAUAUUUGCCUGCUUAAAAUGAAGUCCGUGCGGUUGCCACAUAAUGUACCUGACAUGAAUCGAUGUUUGUUUGCUCCCUUACAAACAUUUUUCAUAGGACUACUGAACUGAUUUGGCAGGUGGGGCUAGUCCCACUUUUUAAUUACCUAAUUAGGAAUUUGGGGCCGUGUUCACUCCCCUGUGUGGUAUCCUUUCUGGUGUAUAAUUAGGAAGUCCAGCCGUACGUUUCACCAUGAAAACCGUUCAUGCUCCUGGAAGUGUUUCUCCGCUCCCCCAGCACAGCUCUAGAGUCUGGGACAACGAAGGUACGAGCGACCAUGUCUGGUGUAGGUAUGCUGGGGACCAAGGUGUGAAGGUUCAUUGUGACGAAUGUUGUUCUGUUGAAAUGCUUGCUGAUGAAUUGCAUUGUGGGAGGUGGUGAAACCUGAAGGGUUGUGCUUUCUGAUAUCAGUUACUCUGCCUUGUGUUACCUUUUUUUUUAAAAAAGAAACUGCUUCCAGAAGCUCUCUAUAGUCUGCCCUGUAUUCACUGAGUAGCACUCAGAAAAGGUGUAUAUUGGUCUCCAUGUUCUAAGCCACUGUUUCUUAAACUGUGGGUUGGGACCCAAAAUGGGUCUCGGGAGUAUACGAGAUGGGUCUGCAGUCCAUGAGGCUGUGCUAGUAUGUGUAUUUGGCAGGUCCCUGAAAGGUACAAAUUUCAAAUUUGGGUCCCAAUGCUAAAAAAAAAAAGGUUUGAGAACCAGUGUUCUAAGCUGCCAUGGAGAAAGUUGGCUGUACACUGUACUAUGGUGCUAAUUUAGGAUGGCAGUCUUGCACUUUCUGACUCCGUUUCCCCCCCACCCCCCACUUCCACACAAGCCCCUCCCCAGCUCCACUCACUCUGUGGUCUAAACAGCUCAACGUUGUGUGUCCCACAGCCUCACCCUCCCCCCCCCCCCCUCCCCCCAUCCCGACCCAAACCCCUGGCAAAGCCUGCUUGUUUGCCACACAUUUGCACCCCUCAUCUGCACUACGUCUAGCUACUUAUUAUCAUUAUUAAUGAUUAUUAUUAUUAUUAUUGGUAUUAUUUUCUUAAUUAGAAUUGAAUUUAAAUUAACUUAUAUUUUUUAUACAAAAAUAAUACAUUUUGGCCUUUUUGUUUUGUACAAAGUGUACGAUAUGAGAAACACAGAAUGGUCAUCUAGACUUGUUGCGUACUGCUGCCCAGGAUUAAUGAGCUGAUGUCUCAACUGUAAAUGUAAGAACAUCACAACUACUUUUAUUAAAUAUUUCUCAAAAUUCA